AGAGGGCUAUUUUCCUCAAUCACACAUGACUUGUAUGGACGUGCCGAGGAUUUAGUAGAAAGUUUCUUAUUUAUUUAUUUAUGUAUUUUCUGGAACUCUAAACGCGAGAACGAUUGGAAAGUAACGGAUGAAGAUACUUGCGUGACGUUUUGGAUUAACUGGCACACCGAGCAGGAUGGCGCAUCUUUCUUUGUACUGUCUUCUUUCUCUGUCGCUUUUGCAUUUGGUGGCUUCAUCGGGAGUGUUUGAAUUGAAAGUUCACUCGUUCAUAACAUCAAGGAGAUAUUGUAGGAGAACUCGAGAUUGCAACAUUUUCUUUAGGAUUUGUCUUAAGCAUUCAGAAGAUGUGAUCUCCGCCGAACCUCCGUGCACUUUCGGAACCGGUCAGACGGGUAUCCUCCGAGCGGACCAGAGUUCUAUAGCCAACAGUGUUGCCAUCCGCGUCCCUUUCCACUUCAAGUGGCCGGGGACAUUCUCUCUUAUUAUUGAGGCAUGGAAUGCAGAGUCUCCCAAAGAGCAUCCUGACUACACAGAGAAUCAAAACAACCUGAUCAAUCGUUUAGCCACGCGGAGACGCCUGGCAAUCGGGGAGGAUUGGUCUCAGGAUGUUCAUUUUGGCGAACAGAGUGAGCUCCGUUACUCAUAUCACGUUUUCUGCGAUGAGGGUUACCACGGCGAGGCAUGUUCAGAUUACUGCCGUCCCCGUGAUGACACACUAGGACAUUAUACCUGUGAUGAGAAUGGAAACAAGGAAUGCCUGGAAGGAUGGCGGGGAGAUUACUGCUCUGACCCCAUCUGCUCUGCCGACUGCAGUGAGAGGCAUGGUUACUGCGAGUCACCUGGUGAAUGUAAGUGUCGUUUGGGGUGGCAGGGGCCCUCCUGCAACGAGUGCGUACAUUACCCGGGGUGCCUGCACGGGACCUGCUCACAGCCGUGGCAGUGUGUGUGUAAAGAGGGCUGGGGCGGCCUCUUCUGCAACCAGGACCUCAACUACUGCACCAACCACAAACCUUGUGCUAACGGUGCCACCUGCACCAACACCGGACAGGGAAGCUACACCUGCACUUGCCGGCCAGGUUACGGUGGCACGAACUGUGAGCUGGAGAUCAAUGAGUGUGACUGCAACCCCUGCAAAAAUGGAGGCAGUUGCAAUGAUCUGGAGAACGAUUACUCCUGUACGUGUCCUCAGGGAUUCUAUGGGAAGAACUGUGAGAUCAUCGCUAUGACAUGCGCAGAUGACCCCUGCUUUAACGGAGGCACAUGUGAGGAGAAAACCACUGGUGGCUACAUCUGCCGCUGCCCCCCAACAUUUACUGGAUCCAACUGUGAAAAGAGACUGGACCGCUGCAGUCACAAACCAUGUGCUAAUGGUGGUGAAUGUGUGGAUCUGGGUGCUAGCGCUCUGUGUCGUUGCCGCCCUGGUUUCACCGGCUCCCGGUGCGAGACAAACAUUGACGACUGCGCUCGCUAUCCGUGUCAAAACGCUGGAACCUGCAUUGAUGGUGUAAACGACUACACCUGCACCUGUACACUGGGCUUCACUGGUAAAAACUGCAGUCUCCGAGCAGAUGCUUGUGUCACAAACCCAUGUCUACACGGGGGAACAUGCUUCACACACUUCUCAGGGCCGGUGUGUCAGUGUGUGCCUGGGUUUAUGGGGCUGUCCUGCGAGUUCCCUGUGCAGGGUGGCUUGGAGAAGAUGGCCCCUCGAGCUGCCCAGGCCUCCCCUUCAGCCAUGGCAGUGUCAUGUGUGUUAGGUGUGCUAGCUGUGUUUUUGGGAGUGUGUGUGGGGCUGGUGGUGAUCAGGAGAAGGAGACAUAGGCUGCGUAGACAGCAACUGUGCGAUUCUGUGUUUAAUGAUUUAGAGACAGUGAAUAACAUGGACAGGCAGCAUUAUCCCUAUGACAGAGAUUUAUAUAAUACUUCUGUCAGUCAGGUGAAACCCACCAACACAGAGGGCAGAUUCAGUCUCUCGCUGGCCGGAUCUAACACACUGCCUGCAGAGCAGGACUUCCUGUGGAGUGCUGGAGGAGUGCUCAGAUGAGUGUGUGUUAAUACCGAAGCUAAACACACAAACUCUCAUAUGCAUACACCUGGGUAGCUGACAGAAAAAAAUAUUGGACAGCUGAUGUGUUCUGUGGUGUGACAUGCAAUACUUCCUCUACAGCUAUAUUAAACCGCAAUUUGCAACUUUUUUAAUCAAUAUAAUGAAUCAUUAUGAGACUUUAUAUUCAUUAUAUUCACCUACUACAUGUGUCACACCACAGGAUUAUUAAAAAUAAAGUAAUGAAAGUAAAACAAUGAUUAAAAACGGGGAAGAAAAAUUGUGACUUGUUACAAGACCUACACAGUUUCCCACAUUAACAAAUGCAUUUUAAGCAAAAAAAUCAUACACAGAAAGACACAAACACGUCAAACACACUCACAUGCAGGGAUUAAGAAUUUGGAUGUAGCACUUGUUUUGUCUUAAUUUUUAUGAAUGAAUGAAUGAAUGAACAGGUGAAUGAAUGUAUUGAAUAUGUAUUAACAAUUGGAUCUUUACCAUCUGUAUGGUGGACGACUCUGUAAACCAAAAAACAAAGAAGCCAACAUGCACAUGUGUGCUGGGCUCUGUGAAUAUAGAAUACAGACAGAAAACUGAACUGCUUUAGGUUACAGCACUCUAUAUACAGAGAACUAAUAUCUUUAUACAAAGAUUAAGGGAUUAUAAUAACUCUGUACAAAGAGAAGUAAAUGAAAUACCUCUAUUCAAAGAGACACGAGACAAAAGUAAAACAGAAGAGCUGGUUUAACUGCACUCCAGUCUAGGCUCAGUCUGUAUAAAAGUAAUAAAAAAAUGUCAAAGACCUUUUUCUCAGGAGGAUAAUAGUUGAAUUUCUUUAUUUUUACUUUUUCACCGAAGGUUUGUCAGAAUGUUUCAUGCAGCUGAAUCUGUCAUGUUGUCAGUCUAAACAAAUAGAAUAAAAAUAUGUAGAGAAAGGAAGCUAGCAGAACACAGCCAGGAAUAUGUUUAUACAACGUUUAUUAGACCAAAUGGGAAGGUUUUGCUUCAGUUUUGUAUGGUGCGUUAAGCAGCGUGUAUUCUUUCUCUAAUGAGAUGGGGAAAUGUUUGUAAUUGUUUCGUAAAAAUGUUAAAUUGCAUAAAAUCAGAUUUUCAUUGGAGUGUAUGUCUAAUGAAUGUUUAUUACUUUUGCCACAUUAAUUUAAUCCUAAAUUUACACCUAAGUUUCUAUUUUGCAUUUUUGUACUUUUGCUUUCA